AAGAAGAGACUCAAGAACUCAAUGAAAUGGAAGAGAAAGAGCAGUAUGAGAAACACUGUGAUGUAACCAUUGGUGAAAAAUCCACACAGACUGCAAAGACCUCAUCAUGUGAAAAACCUCAGAAAACCAAAUCUAACAGAUCUUUCACCUGCCAUCAAUGUGGAAAGUGUUUUCUUCAAAAACACAAACAUCUCCACAUGAGAGUUCACACUGGAGAAAAACCUUUCACAUGCCAACAAUGUGCAAAGAGUUUCAGUCAAAAAGGACACCUUGAACAACACAUGAGAAUCCACACUGGAGAAAAGCCUUAUACAUGCAAACAGUGUGGAAGGAGUUUUACACAGAAAAGCCACCUUAACGGCCAUAUGAGAAUUCACACUGGAGAGAGAUCUUUCACCUGCCAACAGUGUGGAAGUAGCUACCCUCGAAAACAAAACCUUAAAAUCCACAUGAGAGUUCACACCGGAGUGAAGCCCUAUAUUUGCACACAGUGUGGGAAGAGUUUUAUACACUAUAGUGGCCUUAAAUACCACAUAAGAACACACACUGGAGAAAAUCUGUUUAUUUGUGAUCAGUGUGGAAAGAGCUUCACAACAGAAUUAAACCUCAGGUAUCACAUGAUCAUUCACACUGGAGGGAGACCAUUCAUAUGUGUUCAGUGUGGAAAGAGUUUCAUGAAUAACGCAAACCUAAAGUCUCAUAUUAGAAUUCACAAUGAAGAGAAACCUUUCACAUGUGAUCAGUGUGGGAAGAGAUUUAGAUGUCAAGAAAAUCUUAUUAAACACAUGAGGAUUCACUCAAAAGAAAACAGUUUUAAAUGUCAUCAGUGUGACAGGACUUUCACAGACACAAAUCACCUUAAGAAUCAUGUAAUAACUCACAUCGGAGAAAAGCCUUUCAUGUGCCAUCAGUGUGGAAAGAGUUUCACAAGAGAAGGAAGCCUCAAGGUUCACAUGAGAAUUCACACUGGAGAGAAACCUUACAUCUGCAAACAUUGUGGAAAGUGUUUCACGGUUAAAGUAAACCUUAAAACUCACAUAAGAGUUCACACUGGAGAGAAACCUUACAAGUGUCUUCAGUGUGAGAAGAGUUUCGCAUGUAAAAGCAGCAUGAAAUGUCAUUUGCAAACACAUUGUGGGAAGAAAUCGCCAUUUACCUCAGAGUGACGUUUAGAAAAAGGAGUCAUUUCUUCAGUCAUCUGUGCAUUCAUUCUGGAAGACGACUUAAAUUGUGGAUAGAGUAAUAAAACAUUUUCUGCCAUCACACUUACAGAUACAUGUACAAAAGUCAUCCAAAUGUAAGACUUUGUUUGUGUUCUUUGUUAAAGAACAUGACAAGAAAAACUGCUGUGAAAUCAAGGCUACAUCUAAUUGGAACCUUCAUAUAUCCUAAAUCUCUUUAUGCUAUUCUGUCAGUUUUAUCAUGAAAUACAAGUAAUAAGUUUUUUUUUUCUCUUUAUUACAAGUUAUAGCUGGAUAUAAACAUGAAGGAACAUCAAAAGGAAUGAACAAAAUAAAACAGUAUAAUUUAAUGAAACAAAUGUCUCAUUGUAAUUGAAAAGAUGUCUGAUUCACAUACCGUUUGAGGCAAAUACAGUGAUCUGUCACAUCACAUUAAACAGUGUGAAAAACACAUUAUUGUAAGAUUUACUGUUGGUAUUUUACUAUGAAACUGACAAAAUGUACAAGCUGAGAAUUUGUGUUAUAUUAAAAGUAC